AUGUCCUCAGUCAAAGGCGCUUCGGCGCCGAUCUACUUUGGAUCCUUCCUGGUGACUCCGCAAGUCUUCCACCAGACGCCGCUCUCCUAUGCGCUCGUGAACCUGAAACCCAUCCUCCCCGGCCAUGUCCUCGUCUCUCCCCGCCGAGUCGUCCCCCGCGUCGCAGACCUCACCCCAGCCGAAACCAGCGACCUGUUCCUGACCGUCCGGCGCGUCGGCCGCAUGGUGGAGCGUCUUUACGGCGCGACGAGCCUCAACAUCGCGGUGCAGGACGGCGUCCACGCUGGCCAGAGCGUGCCACACGUCCAUGCGCAUAUCAUUCCGCGCAAGGCCGCGGAUCUCGACCCUAUCGAUGCCGUCUACCACAUGCUGGACGGAGACGAGGGAGAUGUGGGCAAGGCACAGCGCGAGGCGCAAACUGGUCAGCCCGCCGAGUCUGACCGAGCCAAGAAUCGCCCGCGCUUCCCCGUCGUUGACAAUGAGGAGCGGAAACCUCGUACAGCAGAGGAAAUGAAGGCUGAGGCAGAGAUGCUGGAGCGCGAGAUGGAGAAGGAGUCCUUUGACUAG